AUGUCACUCCAGACAGACAAUUUUCUAGGAAAUUUCGGAUUUAAUUUUGACUUUGAUGCAUGUAUUAAUGUGCGCAGUAGUAAAGAAGGAAAUGAUAUUGACGAGCCAGUGUUGGCACAUCAGCUAGUUCUCUCAUCAGCUUCAGCUCGAUUUCGGAAUCUUCUCGCUGCCGAACAACAGCAAGAGUCCCCUAUGGCAAAGAUAGAUAUUGAUUUGCGUGAAAUUCCAAAUUCUAUCAAUGCUUUCAAAGCAAUGCUUAGUGGUUUAUAUACUGGAGAACUUAACUUUGCUCUAGCAGAUCAGUCCGAGAUUCUCGCAGUAGCGCGACAUUGUGAAGUGCCGACCAUUGAAAGCAAACUUUUGGCAGCUAACCAGGAACCUGCUCCGUUUGCAGCACUUCUGCCAAACAAGUUCCCCACCAUAACGCCCAAUCCACCACCUUGGCAAACGUACCUUCACACCCUUUUGGCCCUCUAUAUGCAACCUGGCCUUCUCGCGUCAACAUUCGGCGGAGCAAUGUUGCCGUGCCAAACGGCCUCCUUGCUACAACCGUCAACAACUCCUGUAGAUGAUAAUAGAGCAUCGGCCGACGAGUCAUCAUCACCACGAACCACGCCUACUGCUUACAACGAAAAGAUCGUGCCGAAUGACGACAAAGAAGGUUCGCUAUGUUCUUUUCUUGUCGUCAAGCUCUUAGGCUGGAUGGAUGUGUGUAUGCGUGUCGCACCGUAA